AUGGCCAGGUUUUGCUGCUUCGGCGCUGGUUGCUCCGAGUUGACAGGGCAUGCAUCAACCACCUCUGGUAAAGGGAAAGGCUGUCAGGGCCAAGUCAAGGUUAGCUACGGGUUUAGCCUUGUAAGAGGAAAGACAAACCAUCCGAUGGAGGAUUUUCAUGUCGCAGAACUUGCUGAAGUGAAAGGAAACGAGCUUGGUCUUUUUGCUAUUUAUGAUGGUCAUUUAGGCGAUACUGUUCCUGCAUACCUACAGAAAAAUUUGUUUCCUAAUAUUUUGAACGAGGAAGAGUUUUGGACACAUCCGGACAGAGCAAUCACAAAGGCUUAUGAAAAGACGGACAAGGCUAUUCUGUCACAUACUCCAGAUUUGGGACAAGGUGGCUCCACUGCCGUAACUGCCAUCCUUAUAAAUGGCAGUAAGUUGUGGGUAGCUAAUGUUGGGGAUUCGCGGGCUGUUCUUCUGAAAGGAGGUGAGGCCAUACAGAUGUCAAUUGACCACGACCCGAAUGCAGAGCGUGGAGCUAUUGAAAACAAGGGUGGUUUUGUUUCAAAUAUGCCAGGAGAUGUUCCCAGAGUCUGUGGUCAGUUGGCCGUGUCCAGAGCGUUUGGGGACAGGAAUCUAAAAUCACUUUUGAAAUCAGAGCCUGAUGUGAAAGUUGAAGAUAUCGAUCACACUGCUGAGCUAGUUGUCCUUGCGAGCGAUGGAGUUUGGAAGGUAAUGAACAAUCAGGAAGCCGUUGAUGUGGUGAAAAGGUACAAGGACCCACAAACAGCUGCCAAGCAAUUAGUCGCCGAAGCAGUGAAAAGAGACAGUAAAGAUGAUAUAUCAUGCGUGGUCGUUCGGUUCAAGAUGUAA